AUGGCGACGUUCUUGGUGCCAGCGACAACGGCGCGAGCAAGCGGAUUCACGACAGCCAACGUCCUCUUCCCGGGAGGUCAGGCGAUCAUCGACAUUGUGACUUCGAGCGCCAAUGAAGUGAUCACAGACGUCGUCAUGCUCUUCGGCUUGUCCCCUGAGAAGGAUUGGCGAAAAGGGGAUCUCGGCUAUCCCUUUAUCAGCACGAAGAUCCUCGGACGAGAUCUCUCCAACAACCUCGACACAAUGCGACACUUCAUCGAUGUCCCCGUCAGCGUAUACUACAGUGGGCCGGCUGUGCUCAGCGCCGCACUCGUGUCGAUGUACAACACCACAAACACACCCAUCACGACGUACUACUACGCCAAGGUCAACAUUACAAGGGACCCAGGCGUCUUUAUAUCGGGCAUCGUGUCGAGCACGCAAUACUUCCUGCCGAGCCCGUGUAACAAGAAGAGCUACUAG